GCUAACGAAGGGAUGUUCACAGAGCCUUUCAGGCAGCAGCCGGGACAGCCUCAAGAUGGCGCUGUUAUGACGUAACAAGUGAGGGCAGCUUGAAAAUGUGCAAGAACUGCCAGAGUAAAACAGAAAUCCAUUUGUAAUCACCAUCAGUGCACUAUUUGAUGAUGCCGAUAUCAUCCUGUGCUCCUGUAAGCAACAAUAAGCCUUCAUGGAGCUCACCUGCUGGGAUUGUGGGAUAUCAAGUGAAACAUUUUAAGAGGAUGAGGAAAUGAAGUGAAGCAACAGGAGUGACUUCACUUCUUUAUUGCUCUGCAAAUAUCAGCUUGUUGGAAACAGCCCUUUGCCCAGAGGUAUCAACCCAGAGCUGGCCUGCAUCCGUAUCAGCUGAUGGCUGACCCAUACCCUCAGGCGCCGCCAGCCACUGGCGCGGCAUCCAAAAUGGACAAUGUGCAGAAUCAGGUGAAUGAGGUGAAAGUUAUCCUGAAAGACAACAUCAGCAAAGUUCUGGAGAGAGGAGAUCGAUUAGAUGAUCUGAUUGGAAAGACAGACGACCUGCAGGCUUCUGCGGAUUCGUUCCAGAGAACAUCCACGCGGGUCGCCAGGAAAUACUGGUGGAAAAACAUCAAAAUGAUGAUAAUAAUCGGAGUGAUUGUCCUGAUCAUCGUCAUCCUCAUUAUCCUUGCUGCCACAAAGACUAUAUAAAUGUAGCGGUUUGCUCCUUUACCAGCUUAGGACUGAAAUCAUCAUCUUCAGACAUGUUUUCUUUACCUCAGGGUCGAUCAUUUUAACAGAUGUGACAUUUUAACAAAUACUUGUAAAUUUAUAAAGUUUACAUGAUUUUGCUUGAUGAAAUUUGUCCACCUUAAGAAACAUGACUGAAAUAUUUCUUUAAACACUCCAACAGUCAGUAAAACGUGACACAAGUCCAAUUUUUCAAAUAUUUCACAAAAGAUCACAGACUCAAAAAAGUGUUUUAUUAUUUUUAUUGUUGCCUUUCUUAUUGUUUAAUUACCUGUGUAUAUAUACUGAAUGUUUUCAAACGUUGUAAUAACAUGUAUUAUAUGACUGAUGACGGGGUAAUUUGCAACAAAGCAAUUUUGCUACCACAA